AUGCAGUCGGAGUUCUCGAGAGUCCGGAGCGCCGCUGCACAUGCGUCACGGUCGAGACUUGUCAUAGGCGCCGCUGAACCUGUUGCAAAGGAUCGCGAUAACUUUGAGAUGCUGUCGUCCAUCGAGGAAACCCUAAUUCUGCGUCUAUUGACAAGGGAGGUGACCGCAGGUCGCAACACGUUGUCGCUGCAUGAAAUCAUGGUAGCCGCUGCGUGA